AGUAGAGAACCUAAGUAGGCUGAAAUUUGCUUAAAUAAAAGAGCGCUUUCAUGCACUCGCUCACAUUUGUAAUUCGGCAACAUAUUGGCUCGAAAUGAGUGAGAAACACUUGUACUCUUAUGAUGAGUUUAAAAUCACAGCUGAGAAACACAAGAAUGUCGAGUUCGAAGAAGCAUUGGAACACACGGGUUUUGGGAAAUAUAAUUUGGCCUUAAUUCUGAUUUGUGGAUUGACUCUUUAUGGAGUCAACAGUGAGGCUUAUGCCGUGGGUUAUGUGUUACCAUCGGCCGAAUGCGAUUUGGAAUUAGACACUUAUAUGAAAGGAAUUUUAACUUCUACCAAUUUUAUUGGGAUUACGGGGACUUGCUGUAUUUGGGGAUACCUAUCAGAUACAAAAGGGAGGAAAUCGGUGUUGACUAUUAGUUUAAUUUUCGCUUUUAUAUGUAGUGUAGCAGCAGCAUUUGUACCUUCGUUCUGGGGGUUUGCGAUUCUACGAUUUUGCAACGGAAUUUUUAUCGCGGGGCCUUCGGCGAUCGUCUAUGCCUACUUCGGCGAGUUCCAAAAUCGCAUAUAUCGCUCUACCGCGAUGGCCUGGAUGAGCCUCUUCAUCGCAUUAGCCCUGAUAAGCCUCCCCGGCCUCGGCUGGUCGCUCCUCCCCCAACACAUCCACCUCUCCUUCUUCGGCCUCACCCUCAACUCCUGGCGCCUCUUCAUGCUCCUCAUCAGCAUCCCCAACCUCAUCGCCGCCAUUGCCUUCAUCAAACUCCCCGAAAGCCCUAAAUUCCUCUACCACAACGGGCAAAUCGAAGAAGCCAUCCAGGUCUUGCGCCAAAUCUACACCAUCAACACGGGAAAACCAGAAGACACGUUCCCGGUGGAGAGCCUCGACGAGAAGGUCUUACUCCAAGUGGACCCCAACAAGAAGAAGAACAUUUUGAAAGAUUUCUGGGGGCAAAUCGCGCCGCUGUUCGUACCCCCACAUCUGAAAUACUCGCUAGCAUCAGGGGUGAUGCAAGGAGGGGUGUUUGCCGUUUCCAGUGGGGUGCUGUUGUGGUACCCUGACAUUAUAAACCAACUUUCACAUUCGGCCAAUAGCAACGCCAGUGUGACGGUUUGCCAAGCUUUGUCUUCAGUUGAAGAGUAUGCGGAAGAAGUCAUUGGAUGCGUUGAAGAUAACAUCAACGAUCAAGUUUUUAUACAAAAUAUUAUCAUUGGGGUUGCGUACUUGGUAUUUUAUAUCGUGUGGGGCUUUGUAGUUAAUUUUCUAGGAAAUAGAAACUUUUUCGGUCUUUGUAUGAUUGUGUCGGCCGUUUCACUGGUUUUGCUCAAUUUUUUGACUCAUAAAGUUAUGAUUGAUGUACUUUUUGUUGUACUUUUGACACUGCCAGGAAUUUGUGUUGCUGUUAUUAAUUUAUUGAUGGUCGAUAUUAUCCCAACUCACCUCUGUGGGAUGGCAGUUUGUUUAGUCAUGACAGCUGGAAGAAUUGGAAGCAUUGUAUCCAGUUCAGUGGUUGGUGUUAUGUUACAAUGGAAUUGUACAGUUACUUUUAAUUUAUACGCUGUCAAUCUUAUAGUUUGUCUCCUACUAAUUUUCGUGUUUCCGAAACACUCGACGAACAUGGCAAAGAUAAGUAUGGAAAUUGAGACGAAAAAAGAUGUGCCUUUUGAAGAAGCCAUUUCAAAGACCGGUUACGGCUUUUUCAACCUUGCCAUUUUGCUAGCCUCUGGCUUGGGCCUCAUGUGCGUAAUCAUCGAGACAAUGAUGAUGAUGUUUAUAGUACCAGCGGCCCAAUGCGACCUCGACCUUAGUCUAUCCGAGAAAGGUCUCUUAUCAUCAGUUAGUUUCAUCGGAGUUGUAGUUAGUUCGUACAUGUGGGGCUAUUUAGCCGAUACUAAAGGCCGUAAAAUAGUCCUCGAAUUGAGUCUCUCGAUUAGUGCCGUCACCACUGUUGUUUGUAGUGUAGUACCAUGGGUCUGGCUCUUUAUCCUCCUCCGUCUAGUCAACGGCUUUGCUAUUGGAGGUGCUUCAUCCGCCGUUUACGCCUACUGCGGCGAGUUCCAUGACAAUCAUUACAGACCUAAAGUCAUUUCGUGGAUGUCGACAUUCGUAGCUUGUGGCAACAUGUUUUUGCCGGGAUUAGCGUGGAUUAUUCUUCCAGCAGAUUGGGAGAUUGAUCUUCCCGUUUUUGGGAUUAUUUACAAGCCAUGGCGACUCUUACUUAUUCUUUAUACCCUCCCUUGCUUGCUUUGUGCCGUAUUUAUCCAUUUCCUGCCUGAAAGCCCCAAAUUUUUGUUGACACAAGACCGCAAAAGGGAAGCUCUCGACAUUUUGAAAAAAAUGUACGUCAUUAAUCAACGAAAAAGCGAAGAUUAUUACGGCGUCGAGAAUAUAAUUUGGGAAGAAUUAUCCGAUAGUGAAUUAAAAAAGAAGCAUGGAAUGUUGAAAACGAUGUGGAAACAAACAGUGCCGCUAUUCAAAGGAGAACUUUUGGUAAAAACUCUUAUGAUGUGUUAUCUUCAAUUCGGAGUAUUUGCCUCCAAUUCUGGUAUUGUUAUGUGGUACCCAGAGAUAUUGAAUCGUAUGUCACACUAUGUCGAAGACCAUUCCGAAAAUGACGUUUCUUUGUGUUCAGCAAUCCUCUCUGAACAACAACAUGACAACGCUACUUUAGCUGACGUUGUUGUUAAUGUCUGUAAUGACCAAGUAAAACCUCGAGUCUUCCUCGUGUCACUCUUAAUGGGUGUAGCAUAUGCCAUGAUCUAUAUUUUCAUAGGAAGUGUUAUAAACAUUUUUGGGAAAAAGCAGUUAAUGAUCAGUUUUGUAUCGGUGACUACUAUCACCGGACUUGCAUCGCAAUAUGUUUACGGUUAUAAUCUUAUUCAAUUUCUGGUUGGAAUCUUCCUAAUGGGAGGAGCUGGAAUUGGUAUAACUAAUGCUAUCGCUGUUGAUUUAUUCCCGACUCAAGUCAGAGGAAUGGCUCUUGCUGUUUCACUGAUGUUUGGAAGGAUAGGCGCAAUGACAGGAACUAAUAUUGUAGGACCUUUAAUUUAUAAUUUUUGUGACUAUCUCUUUUAUUUCGUUGCCGCCGAUCAUUUAAUUUUAAUUAUUGUGGUCUUAUUACUCCCGUCGUCGCCACGUUUACCAAAACUGACGACCUAGGAUGGAAUUAUAGGAUUAAAUAAAUAAUGAAUUGUACAAACAGAACCAGCUUUAUUUAACUUCUGUACAUAAAAGACUUAAUUUAUGACUUUUAUAUAAAUAAAACCAACAAAAAGAUUACGUUUUAAA